AUGAAAUAUUUCGAUCUUAUUAUCAUUUACCAUCCAUUAGUAAUUGUUUGUUUAGUGUCGUUAUGAUAAAAAAUAUUUACUUUAUAUAAUUAAUGCGUAAUCAUGUUAUUGUUAUAAAAUGAAAAAUAAAAUUGAUAAACAUGAAGUAAAAAAAAUAAUUUAAAAGAAAUAUUACAUCCCGUCGAUGUUAUUAUCUUUGUUCUUAUUAACAAUAAAAUAAACAUGAAGUCCUUUAAAUUAAUUGUGCAUCAAUCUAGUUUUAGUUCGGAAGAUCUUAUAAUCAAUCUAAAAGAUUAUCCCGGAUUAAAGGAGAAAGAUAUAAUUGAAAUAUAUCAUCCAGAAAAUGACUACCCUCGACUCCUUUUACAAGUUACAAAGGUGGAUGCACCGGGCCGAGGGAGAGAUACCAUCAGUGUGGAACAAAGCAUAGCCACAACAUUUCAGUUGAGAACCUUUGCUCAUGUUUAUGUGAAUGUUGUAAAUGUAGCAGACGUUGCAUUAGAUUCAGUGGAAUUGACAUUUAAAGAUCAGUACUUGGGAAGAUCGGAAAUGUGGAGACUGAAAAAUCAUUUAGUAAGCACAUGUGUGUAUCUCAAUAAAAAGAUUGAGUACUGCGGUGGGGCAGUUCGAUGUCAAGUAUAUGAAAUGUGGUCUCAGGGCGACAGGGUUGCAUGUGGGGUAAUAACAGAAGACACAAAAAUUGUAUUCAGAUCCUCAACAUCAAUGGUUUAUCUUUUCAUACAAAUGUCGUCAGAAAUGUGGGACUUUGACAUUCAUGGUGAUUUGUACUUUGAGAAAGCUGUUAAUGGGUUUCUUGCAGAUCUUUUUACGAAAUGGAAGAAAAAUGGCAGUAACCAUGAAGUGACAAUUGUAUUGUUUUCAAGAACAUUUUAUAAGGCCAAAACUUUAGAAGAAUUUCCUCAGCACAUGAAGGAAUGCCUACAGAAAGAUUAUAGGGGUAGAUUUUAUGAAGAUUUUUACAGGGUGGCAGUACAAAAUGAGAGAUAUGAAGACUGGUCAAAUGUAUUACUCCAAUUAAGGAGGCUUUUCACGGACUACCAAAAGAUAGUGCUGCAGUAUCAUGAAAGGCCUAAUAUGGAAAUCCCAACAGCUAUAAAUUCAACGGCAGCUCAAGGAAAUUUUCUUGAAGUUCUUAAUAUGAGUUUAAAUGUUUUUGAAAAACAUUACUUGGACAGAUGUUUUGAUCGUACUGGCCAACUAAGUGUUGUGAUAACACCGGGUGUGGGAGUGUUUGAGGUGGACAGAGAAUUGACAAACGUUACAAAACAGAGAAUUAUAGAUAAUGGAGUUGGCAGUGAUCUUGUGUGCGUGGGAGAACAACCUUUGCAUGCCGUUCCAUUACUAAAGUUCCACAACAAAGACAGCAAUCUCAACUCUAUAGAUGAUUAUUCAAUGCCGCACUGGAUAAACUUAUCGUUCUAUUCCACAAAUAAAAAAGUCGCCUACUCAAAUUUUAUUCCAAGAAUUAAAUUACCGCCGAGAAAGAGUCAAGAACCUCUGAAAAAAAUGUAUGAAGAUGAAUCAAAGGGGAAGUUAAUAAAGGAGGAUGAUUACAUGCACAAUUCGAUAUUUGACUAUGAUGCGUAUGACGCUCAGGUGUUUCAGCUACCUCCAGCUCACAGCACGUGUGUGCAGAGGGUCGCCCGUACUAAAAAAACAUCAGUUGCCGGCUUAGAAGGUAUAAGCAGGCGAAGUCCACCAGCUUCUUCAAUUCAUCACAGAAAAAUGUCCGAUCCUGACAUCCAUCACAGCCUCGGAUCUGAUAUUUUAACGAGCAACAAACAUGGGGUUAGUGAGGCUGGCAGUGACGCAACGGAUUCCCCUAUAUCGAUAAACCGACUCUCUCCGCGAAGCUCUGUGUCUAAUAAGCCGGUGAUAAGAACUGGGAGGGCACUGAUUAAUCCCUUCGACCCUUCCCACGUCACCGUCAAGCUAACGAGCAAUCGGCGUCGCUGGACUCAUAUAUUUCCCAAAGGUCCAACCGGUGUGUUAAUACAGCAGCACCAUUACCAAGCGAGACCAGCAGGCGAGCCGGCUUCACGACCAGACCAACACCGCUCCGAGAACAACAUAAGCAAGGAAAACGGCUCUACUAUCAACAAUAAUAACCAUUCUGUAUAUCAAGUCGAUGGUAAUGUAAUGGGUCGUAAGCGAAUGAUAAGCGCUUCAGGAGCUUUAAGCAUUCUAGGUACCGCUUUAAGCACUCCCUCCACAACAAAUAACGCCUCGCUCGCGUUAUUGUGGGGCGCCACAGGAGAACAGGAGUGGACACCGGCCUUAACUACCGCGAACCGAGCUAUAGGCGUGGACUGGAAAUCUCUGACUAUCCCAGCGUGUCUUCCAAUAACGACCGAUUAUUUCCCCGACAAGAGAUCACUGCAAAACGAUUAUCUUGUAUCGGACUAUAAUCUGUUGCCGGACGAUGUGAAUGCAGAUUUCGCUAAAAACAGGGCUAUAUACAAAGAGCCACUUACGACUAUGGAAGUUUUCAAAGAGUUGGUUUCGCAACGAUUGGCGCAGGGCUUCCAGCUGAUCGUGGGCGUGAACGACAACGAGGUGAUCGAGUCGCACUGCCCGCCGUCGCGCGUGGCGCCGCCCAGCUGCCAGCCCGCGCACGUGGCCAAGCGCUACCUGCUGUCCAUCGGCCGGAUAUUCCACAAGCUCACGCUCGUCGGCUCCACCAUCACCGUCACGCGGUACAGGCCGAGACAUCCGUAUCCUCCUUUCAACAUUCACUACAGAUAUCGUUUCCACGCCCCGAACCACGACACGUACGAAGUGUCCUGGGUGUCGUUCACCACUGAGAAGCUCGAAAACUACAACUGGAACUACAUGGACCAUUACAUUUGCACACGAGGCGAUACCGACUUUGCACUUGUUGAGGUUGGUUCGCAAUAUCCUCUUAAAUAUUGGCGGUUCCGUACCCUUCUCUUGCCGCUCAUCAACCCAGCCACGAAGACGAUACUAGAAGACGAGUCGACUCACUGUGAUAUUUACCCAACUCCAACACGCCAAGACUUGGACCAUCUCACCGAAGGGUUUCUAAAAAUGACAGAAUCGUAUUUUAACAAAGUCAAAAGACCAAACAAGCAAAGGGUGGCGACGACUUGCGGCUCUUCGGAGGCGGCCCUCACGAGGCGGCGGCACUCCACUUCCAACCUCACGCGGAACGCGCAGCAGGGCGGGGUGUCCAGCUCUCCGUUCAGAGAGCGCGUCGGCAGCACUCGGCUACCCGACCGACCGCGGCUUCGGAUCGAAGCCAUAGCGGCAGCAAAGACUGUUCUAGAAAGAUCGCAAUCUCAAUCCGGUGAAUGCGAUGACACGUACGACGAUGGAGUUAUAGAACCAAAGUUGAAAGCGAACGCAACACUGUUAGAAGUCGUUGAUCGGAUGCGUCAUCCAAGUUUAGGUGUAGGGUUUCUUCAACAGACCGUUAGUUUGCCUUCGCAUACGUUUGUCUCAAUAUAUGCAAUUCACUGGCUUCAGGCCAAUAUGGAAAACAUGACGUACGAAAAGGCGACAAGCUGUAUGGAGAGACUGCUCCGAGAUAAAAUGAUUUGCCACGCGUCUGGUGAUACUCUAAAGCGAUAUAUUGUCGGUUAUUAUAUGUACCACAUACUUCCGCAAAAGAAAGAAAAGGAACUAACUGACUACGUAAAGCCAUUGGGGGAUUUGCAAAGCUUUGAAAACGAAUGGAUGGAGGUAGAAGUUUUAGGACCCCGGUCGCCUUUGUUGACGUCUGAAACGGGCGCCAUAGAUAUUUCCGGGAACAGCACCGCAACCGAUGACUCUGGAAUGCCAGCGUUUCUUUGCGACAAUAUCGACCCCAAUUAUAUGCACAUGGAGAAUGAUGACUUGCCAUUGUAUAAAAACACUCAUCUCGAUAUAGACGUGAACAAUAAGAGUGAUCGCAUUGAGUGGGGACACGCGCGCUAUCAGGCGACCUUCCGACCUGACCAAGCGUUUGAGAUGUGCAUCCAGUGGGCUAUUGCGAGUGGGAAUAUAGUUGCCGAGUUGAUAAUUGGUUGGGCUCGCAAAGCUCCAAGUUGUCGGCUACAAAUGGUACCAAUCCCAGCUGACCCUCUAGCUUUGCCCUUCACGGAGAAGUCAGAUCCUUUAAGGGGUCCUAUAUAUGUGCCUUUAAAUGAAGAACCAUUGUUAAGGGGCAAAACGGCACUGUUUGAAGGUUUCCCAGAGGAUACAUGGCUCGAAAGAUUAUUCCUGUUCCAAGAAGCGAUUGUCGGUCGCUUCGGGUUCAUUAAAUGUACGGUAGAGAGUACGUCUCACGCCGCGGGUGUCGGCGACCAUCUCUACGUUCAUGUAACUGGGAAUAUGUUCAUACUCAUCCCAACGACAGUCAAGUCGGAACAGAAGGGUCUCAAAGCGAAGCCGGUCAACAAGCCGCUCAACUCCAGUCGAUAUCCUGUUCACGAGGCAGCUCCCAGUCCACACGAGGGUUACAUAACUCGACACGUCAGUGGAAAGAAUAAGGAUGAUUAUGACAACAGCCGCCGGAUGGGAUUUUUGUGGUCUUGGAAUCAUAUGAUAUCUAAAAAGUGGAAGUGGUCUCAGACUCCGGCAACUGGAGACGAGUGCUUCCAGAUGCGAAUGUUACGUGACUUUAAGCAUUUUUGUGCUAAUCACGAACAGAGGUUGAGCCAAUUCUGGGAUCAGUGCUGGGAAGUUCGAGAGAAAGCAAAAGGAAUCAAGUGUUUCUAAUUGUUAUUAAAAUUCUAAUAAAUUGUUGUUAUAAAACUUU